UAUUCCAUUCAGUUCGAUUUCUUGUUGCUCUGGGAGGUGUGUGAAAAAGAUGAAGAUCAGUUCAGCUCUUUUGGUGGUGUUGUCGUGUAUUUUGGCACAGAGUCUGGGUGAAGUUGCUCGUUAUGACAACUACAGGAUCUACGGGGUGACUGUUAACAGUCAUGAGGAUAUCAAAGCUCUGCAGAGCCUCGAUGGGACAAGCGAUGGAUUAAUCUUUAUCUACAUGACUUCAAAAUUAGCUGAAGAUAGCCAAAUUGUCGUUGCUCCGCACAAGUUUGCCGACUUUGAGGAUUAUUUGAAGAGAAAUGGGAUGACGUGCAAAGUUUUGGCGGAAAAUCUUCAACAAUUGAUUGAUAUGGAGCGUAGGAUGAUGAAUCUGGCUAAAAGCCGCACGCAGGGCUUUGAUUUCGACAACUACCACACGCUCGAUGAAAUUCAUGCUUGGCUCAAGUCUCUGGAAGAAGCUCAUCCAGAUGUUGUUUCUGUUGUCUCUGCUGGAAAUUCCUACGAGGGGCGUGACCUUUUGGGCGUGAAGCUAUCCCAUGGCGCGGGUAGGCCAGCAAUCUUUGUUGAAUCUGGUAUUCAUGCACGUGAAUGGAUUACACCAGCUGCAACAGUCUUCAUUGUCAACGAGCUGCUAACAAGUGAGGAUGAGGCUGUAAAGGAUCUGGCUGAGAAUUACGACUGGUACGUCUUCCCAAGCGUCAACCCCGAUGGCUAUGUGUACACGCAUGAGAAGGAUCGUAUGUGGAGGAAGACCAGACAACCAUACGGAUCGUGCGUUGGUGCUGAUGCCAAUCGCAACUGGGACUUCCACUGGAAUGAAGUUGGUGCCAGCAAUCAGCCCUGCUCUGAUACCUACGCCGGUCCAAAAGCCUUCUCCGAACCCGAAGCUCUCGCUGUCUCGAGCUAUGCUGAGAAGCUCAAGGAUCAAGUGAAACUCUACAUCUCCUUCCAUUCCUUCAGUCAGCUUCUCAUCUUCCCCAAUGGCUACACCGCUCAGCACGUUGAUAACCACAAGGAUCUCAAGGAGAUCGGUGAUGUAGCUGCAAAGGCCUUGGCUAAGAGAUACGGAACAAAGUACACUGUUGGUGAUAUCUACAGUACGAUCUAUCCUGCAGCAGGAACAUCCAUUGAUUACACCAAGGGCGUCCUCGGAAUUGAUCUCUCGUACUGCUACGAAUUGAGACCUCAAAAUAUUUUCCAAGGUGGAUUUACUCUUCCUGCUAAGCAGAUCAGGCCAACUUCCUUGGAAACUCUUGAUUCACUCGUGGCACUUGUCAAUAAGGCUAAGGAGCUUAAUUAUUUCGGUGAAAAUUAAAGCUUUGAGCUUUCUUGUUAUUGUUUGGAAAUAAACUUGAGCAUUUGUUGAAA